CAUUUUUCUACUAAAACUCAGUAGAUAUUUAACAUAUUUUAUCAGUACUGUAUGGUAGCAAGUAAAUGAAGAGGGAAAGGGAAGUAUUUUCUUUAUUGAUAACACUACAGUUCCUUGCUAAAGGAGAGUUUUAUAGUGAGGGAGGAUUGACACAUGGUGUGUCGAAAAGUUCAGUGUGCCGGUGCAUUUGGCAGGUGAUAGCUGCUUUAGACCAGAGACUAGACAAUAUCAAAUUCGCCACGAGUCCUGAUGAACUUGCUUUAAUUAAGCAAAAAUUCUACAAGAUUGCACGCAUACCAAACUGUAUUUGUGCAAUUGACUGCACACUAAUUCCAAUCCUUUCUCCAAAAGAAAGAGAAGAUGUAUACGUGUGCAGAAAAGGCUACCAUGCCAUCAAUGUACAGGCUGUGGUUGAUACCAAUGUGAA